AUUUUUUUUGAAGGCGUGGGUGGGGCCGUGGGGUUGUAGCGACGUUCAGUAGUCAGUACCUCCGCCGCCUGCCUGUAUUUCCAACCGGCCGGAGCUCCACCGCAGUGAAGACUCUAUUCCAAGUACCAAGUAUAAAUAAGAGGAACAAUAAAGAAAGACUCCUUCAAUUGGCUUCUCUAGGUCAGUGCAGUGUAUUCAAUGGCAAUUGUAAAUUUUGGGAAUACAUGUGUGGCGGCUCGUUGUGGAGUUCAACCACAGUUUGUAACAAGAUCUUCUGUUACAAAUUACUUGCCAACUUCUUCACUCUGUUUCCCGAACAAGGUAAGGGCUUUAGCAUCAAAAGGGUCAAGUAUUUUCGGUCAUCAAUCCGGGCGUGGGCUUUCUAAUCUCUUUCCGUACAAGAAUUUGUGUCCAAGAAGAGGGCAUUGUCUCAUCGUUAGAGCAGGCAAAGAUUACUACUCUGUUCUAGGUUUAUCAAGAAAUUCCAGCAAAUCUGAAAUCAAAAGUGCCUAUCGGAAACUUGCGAGGAGCUACCAUCCUGAUGUAAACAAAGAACCCGAAGCGGAACAGAAGUUUAAGGAAAUCAGCAAUGCUUAUGAGGUAUUGUCGGAUGAUGAGAAACGUUCCAUUUAUGAUAAGUAUGGGGAGGACGGGCUCAAAGGCUUCAACAUGGGUACCGGGGAUUUCAGCAAUCCGUUUGAUUUGUUUGACUCGCUAUUCAACACGGGCGGUUCGGGGAGAAGAGGUUCGCCAAACGGAGCAAUGCAAGGAGAAGAUCAGGCCUGUAGUCUGGUUUUGAAUUUCAAAGAGGCCGCGUUUGGGGUGGAGAAGGAGAUUGAGAUAAGCCGGCUCGAGAGCUGCGGGACCUGCAACGGGUCAGGGGCAAAACCGGGCACGAAAGUCUCGACGUGCGGCACGUGCGGCGGCCAAGGGCAGGUCGUGUCGUCGGCGCGGACCCCGAUUGGCAUGUUCCAACAAGUGAUGACGUGUUCAUCGUGUGGUGGGACCGGGGAGAGCUCCACGCCGUGUCCCGCGUGCGGCGGCGACGGUCGGGCGAGCAAGUCGAAGCGGAUCAGCCUCAAAGUCCCGCCCGGCGUCGACUCGGGCAGCCGGAUGAGGGUCCGGUCGGAGGGCAACGCCGGGAGGAGAGGUGGGCCCCCCGGGGAUCUUUUCGUGAUCAUAGACGUCCUACCCGACUCCAUACUCAAAAGGAAUGACACCAAUAUCCUCUACACUUGCAAGGUGUCCUACAUCGACGCGAUUCUGGGGACCACGGUAAAUGUCCCCACGGUGGACGGGACGGUGGACCUGAAGAUCCCGCCGGAGACCCAACCGGGGACCACGUUGGUGAUGGCGAAAAAAGGGGUCCCGCUUCUGAACAAGCCGAAGAUGAGGGGCGACCAGCUGGUUCGAGUCCAAGUCGAGAUUCCGAAACGGGUCACUGAGGAAGAGAGGAAACUCAUUGAAGAGCUUGCCAAACUGACCAAGUCUUCUUCUUCUUCUUCUUCUUCUUCUUCUACUGCUACUGCUACUCCAAACAGCAGGAGAUAGCACAGGGUGUGGUUUUUUUCUCAUUCUUGACUCCUGAUAGUUGAUAAAUGAAUUGGGUUUUUGGAUUCACAUUUCAUUGUAGGAAACUUUUUUGGUGACUGUACUUUUUAUAGUAUAAAUUUUGCUAAAAGGG